CUUCUUCUUCUAUUCUCUUUCAUCCCUUUUUCCCCUUUUGACCCUUCCCUCUACAGGAGACGGUGACUGUCUCUUGUAUCUUUUGAUCCAUUCUUCUUUUUUUGUGACAAGACUUCUAUCUUGUUUCUCUACUCCAUUCCCUAUCCUCCUAUCUUUCCUCCCUUAAAAUCCGUACUCACAUAUCUGUCAAGAUGGUUCAAUCCUCCGUCUUGGGUUUCCCUCGUAUGGGAAAGCUUCGUGACCUGAAGAAGGCCACCGAGGCUUACUGGGGUGAAAAGAUCUCUCGUGACGAUCUCUUGGCCGAGGGAAAGAGACUCCGUCUGGAGCACUGGAAGAUCCAGAAGAAUGCUGGUGUCGACAUCAUCCCCAGCAAUGACUUCGCUUUCUACGAUCAGGUCCUCGACCACAUCCAGAUGUUCGGUGUUAUCCCCGAGAGAUACAGCAAGUACAACCUCCACCCCGUUGACGAAUACUUCGCCAUGGGCCGUGGUCUCCAGAAGCCUGCCAAGGAUGGCCAGGCCGCCAUUGAUGUCCCUAGCUUGGAAAUGGUUAAGUGGUUUGACUCCAACUACCACUACGUCAAGCCUACUCUUCAGGACAACCAGACUUUCAAGCUCGCCGAUCAGCCCAAGCCUGUUGCUCAGUUCCUUGAGGCCAAGGAGGCCGGCAUCGUCACUCGUCCCGUCAUCCUGGGACCUGUCUCGUUCCUGACUCUUGCCAAGGCUGACCGUGGUCAGACCGUUGACCCCAUCUCCAAGAUUAAUGACCUCGUCCCUGUCUACGUCGAGCUCCUCCAGAAGCUGAAGGAGGCUGGCGUUGAGGACGUUCAGAUUGAUGAGCCUGUCCUCGUCUUUGACCUCCCCGCCAAGUCCAAGGAUGCCUUCAAGCCUGCCUACGAGAAGCUCGGUGCUCUCGGUGACAAGGCUCCUCGCAUCGUCCUCGCCACCUACUUCGGUGACAUUGUUCACAACAUUGAUGUCCUUCCUGCUCUUCACAACCUCCACGGUAUCCACGUUGACCUUGUUCGCAACCCUGAGCAGCUCGACACCGUCGUUGGUGCUCUUGGCCCCAACCAGGUCCUUUCUGCCGGUGUUGUCGAUGGUCGUAACAUCUGGAAGACCAACUUCAAGGCCGCCAUUGAGAAGGUUGAGCUGGCUAUCCAGAAGCUUGGCAAGGACCGUGUGAUCGUUGCCACUUCCAGCUCCCUCCUUCACGUCCCCCACACCCUUGAAAGCGAGAAGAACCUCGACGCCGAAGUGCGUGACUGGUUCAGCUUCGCUGUUGAGAAGACUGCCGAAGUCGUUGUGAUCGCUAAGGCCGUCACUGAGGGCCCUGCUGCCGUCCGUGAGCAGCUCGAGGCCAACGCCAAGUCUGUCCAGAGCCGUGCCUCGUCCAGCCGCACCAACGACCCCAAGGUCAAGGAGCGCCAGGCUGCCGUCACCGAGGAGAUGCACAACCGCAAGUCUGCUUUCCCCGUCCGUCAUGCCGAGCAGGGCAAGUCUAUCAACCUUCCUCUCUUCCCCACCACCACCAUUGGAUCUUUCCCUCAGACCAAGGAGAUUCGUGUCCAGCGUAACAAGUUCACCAAGGGUGAAAUCACCGCUGAGCAGUACGAGAAGUUCAUCGAGAAGGAGAUCGAGGAUGUUGUCAAGAUCCAGGAGGAGCUCGACCUGGAUGUCUUCGUCCACGGUGAGCCUGAGCGUAACGACAUGGUCCAGUACUUCGGUGAGCGUCUCACCGGUUACGUUUUCACCACCCACGCCUGGGUCCAGAGUUACGGUUCUCGUUGCGUGCGUCCUCCCAUCGUUGUUGGUGACAUCUCUCGCCCUGCCCCCAUGACCGUCAAGGAGUCCAAGUACGCCGUCUCCAUCUCCAAGAAGCCCAUGAAGGGUAUGCUCACUGGUCCCAUCACCUGUCUCCGGUGGUCUUUCCCUCGUGACGAUGUCCACCAGUCCGUCCAGGCUCAGCAGCUGGCUCUUGCUCUCCGUGACGAAGUCAUUGACCUUGAGGCUGCUGGUAUCAAGGUCAUCCAGGUCGACGAGCCUGCCCUCCGUGAGGGUCUCCCUCUCCGCUCCGGCAAGGAGCGUGAGGACUACCUCAAGUGGGCUGUCCGCUCUUUCCGCUUGGCCACCACCGGUGUUGCCGAUGGCACUCAGAUCCACUCUCACUUCUGCUACUCUGAGUUCCAGGACUUCUUCCACGCUAUUGCCGCUCUGGAUGCCGAUGUUCUGAGCAUUGAGAACAGCAAGUCCGACGCCAAGCUGCUCAAGGUCUUCAUUGACGAGGCCUACCCCCGUCACAUUGGACCCGGUGUCUACGACAUCCACUCUCCUCGUGUCCCCAGCGAGCAGGAGAUCAAGGACCGCGUCGAGGAGAUGCUUCAGUACCUCCGUCCUGACCAGCUCUGGAUCAACCCUGACUGCGGUCUCAAGACCCGCCAGUGGCCCGAGACCAAGGCUGCUCUGUCCAACAUGGUCAAUGCGGCCAAGUACUUCCGUCAGAAGUAUGCCAAAUAA